UGGGGGAGCAUCAACUACCAGAAGUCGUGCCCGAUUCGUCUCCGGAAGCAGCGCCGCAACAACGGUUCUACAUGGAGCCGGGCAAGUAUCCCGCGUACUACGACGACACGCCGAAAUUACCCACCGAGCAGUCACCGUCCGGCUUCCCGUCGCCAGGGCACCAAUACAAUUCCCCGUGGGGGACGGCGAGCGAACAACCGCCGGUCAGCGCACUCAGCCCAAACAGCUCGGUGCCUUGGCAGUCGCUGCACGAGGACCAGGCAACCUACGUCGGCAGCGAGCCGGUCCAGGAGAAGCGGAUAUGCGGCCUGCGGAGGCGCGUCUUCGGCAUCCUUGCCGUCGUCCUCGGCGUCGUCGUGCUGGCAGCCGCCAUAGGAGGCGGCGUGGGUGGUGCCAUGGCGUCCAAGAACGAUAGCAAAAGUAGCAACACGUCGGGCACGCCUACACAGACUGCCACAACCUCGGCCGCCUCGCCCUCACCCACGUUCCUUAACAACCAGUCAGACUCGAGUGUGUUCGAGCACUUCCAGUUCCAGGCGUUCUCGAAGCCCGACUUCGAGGGGCAAUACACCGAUAUCAUCAAGGAGGAAGGCUUCUACGAUUUCCCCUUCAACCUUACGAGCUACGUCUGGUUAACCAACAAGACCGACUGCUGUGUCACGUUCUGCAGAGACGAGAAUACAUGGGGCGAGGCUUUCAGAUGCGACUCGGUGAAGCGGGAGACGGUCGAUGACCCGACCGGGUUCCCCCGUGUUUCGCUUUGGUGUGGGAAUCGGCUGGAUACAGAAAGGCAAAGCAAGUGCUCAUGAGCUUGCAGCGGGGCGGUUGGUCUGAUAUUGAGGCGUUCGGACAUGAUGAUAUUCGUUCUUGGUUUUUUUGGGUGGGGGGGAUUGGGUCUAAGAAGCGUCACGGAUGAUACCUACCUCUCUACUUCUAUUUUGUGUAUGAUGGGUUACGUUUCUUGCGGGACAUGAUUGAGCAAUGAGGGAUACCUGAAACAGCCUCUUCUGACCCAUCUAUAGAGUUGCGUUUUGUGCGAGAAAAACAUUGUCUACCCGUUGAGAAGAGAA